UUUUCAUUACGCGUGCUUCACGGGGAUGUUUGAGCUGCAGAAUGCUGGGAGGAAAGUGUCCCAAAACAAACGUAAAACUGGGCUUUGGUUCACGGGGGAACUAAAUUUCGCACAACACCGGCAUGCUGUGAUGGUUCGGGGCAGUUUGUGAUGGAUCUCCCGUGCGUGCGGUGGCAAGAUCACGUUGCGCAGAAAUGGAGCGGGCUGGAUCCUGAGCUGAAGGAAACGUUUCCUACUCUGCAUGAGUUAGAUGACGUCUUUAAGUGCGCUUUGAGCCUUACAAACCAACAGGAUCUGGAUGCUGUGCAAUCGAUCUCUGCGGGACAUUCAGUGAAGAAAGACCCAGGAGAAGCAGCCAAAUGCAGGGAAAAGGGAAACUGCAGCUUCAAGGCUAGAGACUACAAGGCUGCGGCUCUGCACUACUCCCAGGGGAUAUGUUUUGCUCCCCAAAGUUCGGAGCAGCUUCCUCUGUGCUAUGCCAAUCGCUCUGCUGCUCUCUACCAUCUGCAACACUUUCAGGAAUGCCUUGAUGACAUCGACAGAGCCUUAAACACUGGCUACCCAUCUCAUCUCUCAAAAAAACUGCAGGAACGCCGCGCUCACUGCGAGAACCACCUCUCUGUGCGCGAAAAAACAGGUCCUCGUGUUCCUGUUUCAAAUGUUGAUAAAUGCAGCGAAAAUGUCAUGCCAUCCAGUGACGCUCUCUUUGGGAUUUCUCCUCAAGUUGUUGUCAGAAGCAGCAAGGAAAAAGGUUGCCACCUGGUGGCUCUAAAGAGGAUAACACCUGGACAGGUGAUUUUGACUGACAGGCCAUUCAGCUGGGUCCUCAUUCCAGGAAUUGAGAAGGUUAAAGGUCAGAGUGGACGGGAGCAGGGCACACAGAGGGAAACGGUGUUUGGAACAGAGCACAGGCGAUGUCACCGAUGUUUGGCUGAAACUCUGUGUGCUGUGGCAUGUGAGGGCUGCAGCUUCAGCCGAUACUGUUCGCCUGCUUGUCAGCGGGAAGCCUGGGAAGAGCAUCACCACUGGGAGUGUCCGCUGGGAGCAGAUCUUGCUGCGAUGGGUGUGAUGGCACAGCUUGCUCUCAGGGUAACGCUAAAGGCCGGGAUUGAAAACAUCCAAGCGGCAAGGCAGACAGUCAGGGAUGAGCAGAAAAACUCUGAGCAAUAUAACCCAUACCUGACUGUGUUUCACUUACUGCACCAUAUAGAGCAACAGAGCGCUAGUUUCCGUUUCCUGUGUGCAGUUACUGUGGCAACACUUUAUCUAAAGCUUAGCAAGGCAGGUAGUCUUCCUCUGUCUUGGAAGUCUAAUGAUGCUUCAUCAGCACGCAGCCCAUCUUCAGAUGGACCACAGAAGAAGGGAGGGGACACAGGCUGGAGCUCAGAGCUGUGGGUUAUGGGAAGUGCAGUUCUGAGGCAUAUGCUGCAGCUGAGGUGUAAUGCGCAGGCAGUCGUCGCUCUCCAAGAUACAGGAUCUCAAGCCUCGCAAGUUCAUUCAACGGAGGAACUCCGAAUUGCGACGGCAAUGUUCCCAACUCUCAGCCUGCUCAAUCACUCUUGCUCUCCCAAUACCAGUCUGGUGUUCAGCACCGGAACGGAUGCCGAUCCCUGUGUUUCGCAGGAGUCAGUAGGUUUCAGUCAACGUCUCCUUGGGGAAGGACGCCAGGGCAGGGGAGUCGGCGUGACGGUCAGAGCAGCCGGAGCUAUCAGUCCUGGAGAGGAGAUCCUGCACUGCUAUGGGCCCCACAGCAAGAGGAUGAGGACUCCAGAGCGUCAGCAUCUCCUGCGGCAGCAGUACUACUUUCUGUGUGAGUGUGAAGCCUGCAGCGUGCAGGAGGAGGAGCAGAGGGAAAGCAGUGAGAAUGACUCAGGACUCCUGUGUUCAAAGUGCAAAGGAGCUCUUAAAAAAAACACAGAAAAUGGAUUUACAUGUUCUGUUUCCACCUGUGGCCAUCAAAUGUCCUCCGCUGACGUGAACCACAAGCUGCAGGAGGUCAGGGCUGCCUUGGAGAAAGCUGUGGAGCUCAUGGAGAGAGAUAUUCCUGUGGAAGCUCUGAACCAUCUGAAAAGGACCAGGAGUCAGUCUGGAGUAAUACUCGGAGAGACUCAUCCUCUGCAGGGAGAGCUGGCUGAUGCCACAGCCAGAGCUUAUGCCUCAAUGGGCGACUGGAAAAAUGCAGCAACCCAUCUGGAGCGAAGUGCCGUAGCUACCGGCUCCCAGUAUGGAAAAGACAGCCUUGAACUGGGACAGCAGCUCUUCAAAUUAGUUCAGCUCCACUUCAAUGGUGGUGCCAGGGGCCCGGCCCUCUCGGUCAUUCCCAAGGUCAGGCGAAUCCUCUCCCUGCACCGUGGACCUCACUGCCCUGAACUACAGGAACUGAACGCCAUGGAGGAAUGUCUGCAAGGGACGGCGUUUUGCGAUUAAACCCAACUGACCACAUUUAAAAUCUAAAUAAAGUAUCAUAGUCAAUGAAACAGAA